UGUAGGUGUCCCUGUUUAUUGCAGAGGCAUUGGACCAGAGGAAUUUUAAAGGUCCAUUCCAACUCAGACAAUUUUAUGAUUCUACUAACUUCUUUCUCAGUAAGAGUAAAAUCCUGAACCACUCAGAUUAAAUAUUGCUCCCAUUAGAGGUUAAUAUACAUCCCCGACAUUUUAUUUGCUUGAAGAACACAGCAAAGGCUUCUCACUCAAAACAACCUCUACUUAAUAACUCACACCCUAGAAGCUAGUAAGUGAGCCCUGAGUCAAAUACACUGACAACUCACUGCUGGAAGCGUUUGUAUACUCACAGUGACCAAACCUGCCCUGGCAGCUUUCUCUCUCUGGAUUUACCAUUAACGUUUGCAUUCUCAUGCUGCUAAAUAAUUCAGCAUAGCAUUUAGCCUUCUGUCCUUGUCUCUCUAUGCAGCAGAUGCUCUCACUGUUUACUGUAGGCAUGAGCCACAGGGAACAAAAACCUGCCUAGAUCCUUGGUUCUUCUGGCGCUCUGUAACAGAGAGGGAACUUUCACUCUUGGUAUAGGAGCUUUUUAUUAUUAUUUUGUUGGAAAAGCAUUUGCUAGAUCCCUAAAUAUAGUCGGUUAUUUAUCUGCAUGGAGUCAGGACCAUGUGGUCUCAGCUUCACAUGCAAAUUCCCUUUUUAAUAAUCCUAAUGCAGGGAGCCCUCCAAUCAGAGCACUAUCAGCCACGGGUCCCUGAUACCUGAUGCCAGCUUUACUGGUAAUGUAGGCCACUGAAGCAAAUCCAGGGAGAUUGACUUGGAAGUGAAGAGAGAAGAGGAGAUCCGCCUGCUUGGCUUCCUUACACGGGGGUUUCUCUUUGUUUUCUCCCUUUGCUCGGGACUCAGAAGGGGACACAAUUUCCACACGAGCAUUUGUGGAGAGCAGCCCAGCGGGGUCAAGGCUGGGAGGAGGGGACGCAGCCACAAGCAGUCAAGCAAGGUGGAGGCACGAAGGCAGAAGAGCGGGUGGACGAAAGCAUGAGGCGGCUCCUGGGCAGCAGCUGGAGGAAAUUUGGACACGCUGACAGGGGGAACUACGACUGGCUGAACACUGAACCAGGUGGGCCACUUCUGGAAACAGAGCUCCAGAGUAGACAACAGAUAAGUUCAACCAAAGACGACAUAGAGCCAUUUCUGUGCAUCAUUUUGCCUGCCACCAUGAUGCUCUUCUUGGCAUUCCUGCUGCUCUUCCUGUACCGCCGCUGCCAGCGCCCCAUCCCACAAGGGCAGAUCUUCAGCAUUGACCUCCCUGAGGCCCUGCCUGAGCACGACGUGUCCAAUUUCCUUUCUGUGCUGCCCUGGAACAGCGAGCAGAGUUUUCAUUACUCCACUCUCCUCCCGGAUGCCACAUUCCUCUCCAUGUGCUUGCCUCCAUCCUACGAGGAGGCCACGACAAAGACUGCCCUGGAUGAGGCUCACAUUGAGCUCUCUCCAGACCCAGUGCCUCCUUACGAAGAGAGCACACAGCCAUCCAGCAGCACCAAAUAAGCUUCCUACGGAAGUACCUUAGCUGAAGCAUGCUGCCCCUCAAGGCGCAAAUACGGGAUCUGCUAUGGCCUUUAAAAUUAGCACAAAUAAUCCAAACAAGGCAAAAACCAACGAACUGCGAAGGAGCAAACUUAAAGGAACAAGAAAUCAGAAUAUUCUAGAACAAGGUGAAGAAUAUCUUCCACCUGUAGCAAAGCUAAACACCACAUCAGUUCUAGACUGGUAAUGAGGAAAUCUGAGAGAAUGGAGUAUGUUGUAUGAGGAUUAGAUUUACAGAUGGAUGUGAAUCUGCCCAUCUGCAAUCCCAAAGAAAUGUAACAACACUGAUGGCUGGACUUGAUGAUCUUGAAGAUCUUUUCCAGCCUAGAUGACUCUAUGAUAAAUUAUACUACAGAUUUACCAGUUGCAAAAAGGGCUUUUAGCAUGAAUCUAUGCCACUUUAGCUUUUUCUACUUUAUGCGUUUAUUUUUCAUUGAGUUCCUGAAAAGUUGAUUUAUUUAGUCAGCAUGUCUUAACAUCGCAUCAUUCUUCAGUGCUCUGGAACGAUCGAUCACAGCACUCAGGAAUGCAAAUAAACUCUAAGGAAGUUUUCCAAUUGUCCCAAAAAGUACAAACCAUGCAUCUUUUCUGAAGGCUGACUUCUAACACUACUGAACAGUGAGAGCAACCAGAGAAAACCAGAUCAUUCUGGAUGAGGAAGACUCCAACACCAUCACACACAAACACACGCAUUUGCUAUAAGGCCUACAAAAUCCCGAAGUUCUAGGCUACUAGCUUGACUUAUUUUCCAGUGUACAGAUUAAAACAAUAAAUUCUGUGACCUUUUAGGUACCAUGUGUUAAAGAGAU